AAUCCGAACCAGUGGCAGUCGCAAUCAGACACUCGUUGAAACAGUCGCUAAUGUGCGUGCACGCACCAAUGGAUAACCCUACAUCAACUUAUCUAAAUAGUGACAAUAAUUUUGUAGGUGUUAUAAAUAAUAUUAAAUGAUAUCGGGCAACACAUAACGUCCACAGUCAACAUUUUGGAUUACGUUUUUUAUUUUUUAAAUUGAACAAAUAUGACUACCAAUAUGAACCGGUGGAAAGGCAAAGUAGCGUUAGUGACUGGCGCCAACGGAGGUAUAGGGAUGGCGAUCACUAAGAGACUGUUAGAUUUGGACCUUGCAGUCGUGGCCAUCGACAAGCAGACCGAACUCUUGUUGGAACUGAAAGAUGAAAAAAAAACUACGAACCUCUACCCGUUAAACGUGGAUUUAUGUCACGAGGAAGAGAUUAUACGAGCGUUUCAAUGGGUCGAAGAAACGUUCGGCGGCGUCGACGUACUCAUAAACAACGCUGGCGUCGGCGGACGGUCUACACUCAUAGACGGUACUGUAUCGGAAUGGAAAAGAAUAUUGGACGUUAACGUUAUAGCGUUAAGUGUUUGUUCACGUGAGGCGGUAAGAUCCAUGAAUAGUCGUAAUUUAGAAGAUGCUCACAUUAUUCAUUUGAGCAGUAAUCUGGCGCAUUAUGUUCCUUCAUAUGGUCCGUUCCACUUCUAUUCCGCGACUAAACACGCUGUACGAGCACUCACAGAAGGGUUGCGACAAGAAUUAAGAGCAUUGAAAAGUCCAAUCAAGGUCACGUGUCUCAGUCCUGGUCUUGUGAAAUCAUCAAUUUUCAAAAACUCCUUGGGAGAAAGCUUUGAUAAACAUUUAUACGAAGCAUACCCCAGUAUUUCUCCAGCAGAUAUAGCAUCUACCAUUGAAUUUGUAUUGGCUACUCCUCCACAUGUACAAGUGCAAGAUAUAAUCAUCAAACCUAUAGGUUCAGAGGCGUGAUUGAAAUGAUCUUCAAAUCACAAGAACAAUAUAUUAUAAGGUUUAUCUCAAAAUAAAAUAAAAAUGUAUUAGUAAAUCAUAUUUAUCAUUAAA